AUGAUUCGUGUUGUUCUCUUUAUAGGUUCGCAAGACCAUGUGGACCGUUACCAGUAUUUCACAUUCCUUGAUUUUUUCCGACUAACCCCUGUUCUAAUCGGCUAUUGUUCUCUGCAGACCAAAUACGCGUUGCUGGACGAAAGAGACAUCUGCCUGGUACAACAGUUCGCCUUCGAGGCCCGGGUCGAGAUCGACCGCGAUGGCAACGGAGCGCAAAUCUACGCCUGGGCCUACGACAUCACGCGGGGGAGAAGCUCAGGGCAGUACGUCCACGACCUCCUCUGGGAAACACAUAGAGGAGGGAUAGCAUCUGGUUGGAAAGUUGUCCAUUUAAAUAAUGUAACCGUAGAUAAUAGACUGGAAAAUCUAGCUUUAGUGCCUGUCGGAGCCAAGCGACCAGUUUCUGCACAGACCUCAACUCCCCGUGAUCAGUCGUUAUACUGGGUAGCAAUUCAGCAGUUACCGGCAGAUCCAGUAGAAGAGCAAUAUGGUGAUUUUGUAGUAACCCGAUACUUCAAUGCCAAUGGUGAAAUAGUAGAAGAGGAGGAUGACUGUUAUUAUGAAUGUCGAUAUCCUCCAUGUACCAACAUUGAGAAAGAACUACGUGAAUUUUCAAUUUGUGGUCGUUGUCAAGAAGCUAGAUACUGUGGAACUUAUUGCCAGCAGAAAGACUGGCCUGUUCACAAGAAGCUUUGUCGAGAAAAACGGCGACCCUGCCUCACAGAGAGACCCCCAGAGCGCUAACGUCCGCCCAAACUAGUCACAGAUCUGGAGCAGACACCCAAGCUUCUCAAUACUGGAGGAAUUUGUGAUGUUUUGCAAACUCUCAAAAAGUGAAAUUUUUGUUUUCCUGCGAAAGAAGUUCUGAGAAGCUUGUCCUUUUUCCUUUUUUUUCUUGUUUACAUUUUUUAUACUCAUUGAAGGAUAGCAUUUGUUAUUAUUAUAUUCUAAAUGAUUAUUAUUACCUUCAAUUUACAUAUUACUAAUAUUUUGUUACAUAUGGCAUAUGUGAAAACAAAUAAUGCCAACUUGUAUGUUGUGCAUUUUAAACAUAUAUAAUAAGGGUUGUGGAGAAAUUUACCUUCAAAUUCAUACAUGUUGAUGAUGCAUCUCUAUUCUUAGUAUAGGAUUUUUUUAGAAAUGACAUUUUUUAGUCAUCUUUUCCUUGGUAUUACAAGGGGUGGGCAGGAACUUCUUCACUGGAGAACCAUACACUAAAACAUUUUGAGGGUAACAUGCUGAGCUGACAAAUAAAGAAAAAAGUGUAGGAUAUCUUAAUAUUUUCAAAGUAAUAGUGCCUCCAGUAUGGUGAGGUUGGGAAUCUGCUGGCAAAUUAUUUGAUGAAUUUUGAUAGUGAGCAAGUGAAGUUUGACAGUGAGUAAGAAUGAAUCUUUAGAUAGGUGUUGGCGUAAGAAAAUUUGUGAGGUUGAAUCAAGUAUAAAAAUACUCUUUCAGUAGAGUUUUGUUGCUUACAUUAGAAAUUGUCUAUAAUUGGUUAGCUACACAAGAGACUUUUGUUCAGUCCUUUUUUUAAGAUCAAUAAGAUUCUUAUCUGAAAAGAUUUAGAUGAAAAAAAAAAAAAUAGCUUUAGUAUGAUUCUUCAAGCAUUCCAAAGGCAUGAGAAAAUAGAAUUGAUGAAUAAAAUUGAAUUGAUUGUGAGACAACAGUGAGGAAGACUCUAGCAAUAUUGUUAUGGACAUCAUAAGGAGGUUUGAACAUGCAAAUUGCAGGUUCUGCAAUAGAAUAUAUAUUUAUUUCUCAAAAUCUUUAUAUUUGUUGAAGUUUUUGUUGAUGAUAUAUGGUGUAGCCCAUGGAAUUUUAGAUGCUUCUCUUGUAAAGCAAUGUAUAUGUAUAUCUAGUCGAGAGAUUGCUGUAUAUCAAUUUAAAUAGCUCUGGCUAUUUUAUUAUUAUUAUUAUUAUUAUUAUUAUUAUUAUUAUUAUUAUUAUCAUAUUUGAUAUUUUAGCUUAAAUUUCAAGGGCGACUAUAGAAAAUUUAUUUUCAGGUAAUCCUCAACUAACAUACAUUGUUAGUUAUGACAAUUAAGUUUAGUGGAUAUUAAGAAACUUUGUGAUGUCUAUCAGCAAUGUAUGCUUGAGCACAUUAUUAUAAAAAAAAUUGAUAAUUAAUCCAAGAAGAAGAAAGACAUAUUCAAAUCAUUUUGAGGCAAAAAGAAGAGAGAGAGAGAAAAAAAAAUUUUCAACCAAUCUUUGGCGCUAUGUAUUGUACAAAAGUAUUGGCAUGUUUACUUACAGAUAUGUAACUACUGAAUAUGACAUGUUGCUUACUAACAGUCUGAUGCAGGUUGAUGUUGUAUGCUAAUCUAGUACUGACCUGCACUUACAAUGGGUUACACCUCAUCAUGGGGGAAAAAAAAGAAGAAAAUUGGUGUAACAGAGUGCAGUGCUUGCUCAACUUCUCAUUCCAUAAGAGCUGUAUGUAAUGGUUUUGAUUUUUUUUUUUUAAUUAUUAUUAUUGAUUAUUGUUGCAAUAUAUAUAUAUUUUUUCCAAGUGGGCACAGGUGAUGUAAUAUCAAGUUUUGUUAGAUGUACAAAGGUCAUGAUCCAGUGUCCUGUAUGGGAGUGGUAUUUAUUACAGCUUGAGUCUAUUUAUUCCAGUAAUUUUAGUAUUUUUUCUUAAUAGUAUUAGAGUUUAUGAUCCAUUUAAUUAUUACACCCUUGGUACCUUGUGGCUCAGCCUCAUCUCAUUUUUGUUUACCUGUGAAAAAUCUUGUCAUGAGAAAGUGACUUUCCUUAGAAUAUGGAAUUUUUCACAAUAUAUUUAUAUACAUACAGGCAAGCAGGGCAAACUGACAAAGAUACAGGCAACAACACAGACAUUUAGACUAAGGUAAACAUACACAUGGGUGUAGGGAAUUUUUUUUUAGGAAAGAAAUGGGUAUUUAUACGCCCUCAAAUCAACCAAUCAAAAAGGCAGUUAGUGUCAGAGAGAGGAGAACCAAACCACCACACCAUACAACCCAACAAAAAGAUUGUCAAAGCAGAAUUUAGACUAGCUUCAUGGAUGUUACCUCUCAAGAUUCUGAUUAGACAGUUUUUUUUUUUUUUUGGUUUGGUUUGGUUUGUAUGCCCUUUUGCUUUAGUUCUGCUUUCUCUGGUGCUUUCUGCCUUGUGACAAACAUGCAGGCAACAGAUUUGAGUCAUUGUCAAGGAGGGUAUAUAAGUAAUAUAUGAAUGGUUUAUGGCAUUCUUCCUUCUUACACAGAAAUAACUUUGUAGACGGACAGACACAUAAUACUUCAAGUAAAUUACCAAUAUAUGUAUACCUGCCAAAAAGUAUUCUUAGAUUGAAGUUUGCAUAUUUUUCUGUAUGUAUGUAUAUAUGUAUUUAGGAAGUUUCACAUCUAUAAUUUCUGAAAUGAAAGGUAUUGGUAAAAAAUGUAAUAAACAUCAUUUCAAGUUUUGACAUGCUUUACACCUCUAUUCAGGUGAUGCAGAGUAGACACGAGUCUCAUGGUCAAUAGCAGUUCCACAGGGUUGCACCAGGGACCACUCCAUGAGUUGUGGGUGAAGAGUGCUGAAUUUUCUCUGUUUUGUUACUUAUCUUUAUAAUACGGUUGCUCACCUCUUUACCACAAGCCUUGAGCAUACAUGGCAAUGACUGUGGUGCAGCUCUAGGAAUUUGUAGGAAGUAAAAAGACAAAUGAUGUCAUAGGAUGAGGUCUGAUAGACACUGUUGUAUGUGUUUUUGACAUAUCACUUUAAUUCUUAAGUGAAAACUAACCCAAGUUCCUUGUUUAGUGUUUUCCUAAUCUGUUCCAUAAUAUAUAUUUUUUCAUGGCUUUCUUAUUAAUUUUUGAAAGUGUUUGUACACAUAAUUAAUUUGUCCAAAGGGUUUUUUUAAUCUAAUAUUUCUUCAUUUGCUACUUCAUUCUUCAUGUGAAUGCAUUUUUCUCAAAACAUUUCUGGAUACUAAUAUUGCUUUAUACUACUACAGACUUUUUCUCCCUGUUCUUGUGUUCUUUUUAACAAUACUGAAAUGAGGCUUUCUUGAUAAUAACAAGACAAUAGAGUAAGAUAAUGGGCAUGACAUGUACUUUUUAAUGGUAGUUUGAUUUAGCUUUAACACUGGAGACAUUCUAUAGGGCCUGGAACUGAAAAUGGAAUAGACUUGACAUGUGUAACAGGCUUGGAGAAGAAAGAGCAAGGAAAAGGCUAUUGAGAAAAAAAUCUCCAAGGAGUUUGUUAUGUGGGUUUUUUGUUGAUCAGUCCAUUUCAGAAUUAAGAUAAGAGGGUUUAAAAGAUGUAACCUAAAAUUUGGUGAUUCCCAUUAGAGUUAAUUUCACAUUCAUAUAUUGUUUAGAUAACUAAUCUAGCAUCUUGAUGGUGUAUUUUAUAUGAUAAUCUCCAGUCUGAUGAGGCUGCAGAUACUAUUUCAUGACAGUAAUGUUACCAAAUUAUAUGAAGAAAAAAUUGUCAAGGCUUUCCUUAAAUAUUUAAGUAUUAUAAAUAACUGUCCAGAAUUUAAAAAAAUUUAUCAUAUCAUAAUGUUUUGGCAUUUCUCUGGAAGUAAGAAAGCCCUUUAGCAUUCAGAAUUCAUACUGUCCAGUGUUUCAUUCAUGUUCUUAACUUUUGUUCCUUUUAUACAGUAUUUAUUUAGCAUUAAUUAAUUACACAUGAAAUAACUAACAUAGGCAAUAGCUAUUUUUUUGUAAGUUCAGACCACUAAUUGAACCAUUAAAGAACUGACAUGCUAACAGGAAAUCCUCAAGCCUAAUUUAGUUUUCACAGAGCUAUACUAACAUAGCUUUGUGAUAAUUAAUGCAUAACUGUCAUUUGAGAACGCUAAAAGGACCAGAUGUUAAAAAAAAAAAAAUACUCUCAGAUAUAUGAAUACUUUGUAUAAUGUCAUGAGAACCACUCUCUUGUAUACCUGUCACAGAUCUACAAACAUGUUACUUUUGAGAUUGUGAUGUUCUGUCAGCCAUGUGUAGUUAACAAUCUGUAUUGUGUAAAGGCAGGGUGUACCAAUAUUUAUUAAGUGUAGAAUUCAUUUGAGCAGCUAUUUUUACUUGAUGAUCUCAUACUAACACUAGCAUGCUGGUUACUAGCCUAAGCUGUUAAUGUUUUUUCUCCCUCUCUUGGAUAAUACUUCAUGGAUUAACUCUUAGUGGCAUUUGGUCCAAAAAUUUGGUGAUGGUGUCCUUGCUUCAUACAUUUGACAUUUAUUUAUUCAAAAUUAAGAAUAUAAGCAGUACCCAGAGCAAGCUUGGACACCUCCAAAUUUUCCCAAAGCCCAAAGACAGGACUGAAGUAUUUGUGAUUUUUGAAAGUAGCUGCUCAAGUGAGCAUAUUAACAGAGAGUAACUAGGAGAGUAUAUCAGUAAUUGCCUCACUUGCACAAUGUCACCAAGAAUACCAUUUGCCUUUUUUGUGGUAAUUUUGAGUAUUUUCCACCGAAUGUAGGCUAAGAAAUAAUGUGUUUGAAUAUUCAAUUGUGAGGGGAAAGUAAAUAAUAUUUGUUAAAUGGUGUAGGGCAUUUAACAAGUUGGGUUUCUGCACAUUAUUUAUUUUUUCCAUUUUUAUAUCUUACUUGAGGGUUCAGUUUUUAAAUAUGAUUGAUUAAUUUUUAUUGUUUUGAUGUGAGUUACAAUUGCUUGAUUUCUCUGGGAAUGACUUUUCUUGCAUUUCACUUACAUAAAGCACCCUACCCUCAGGCUUUCCACAGUCUGACUUCAUAAGUCACUCGGCCAUUUCAGGCUUGUGCCCAGAACUGAACUUGGUAAUGAAAUGUAUUUUCUCUGGUGUUGCACUCAUGGCCCAAGUGCUGCCAUUAUAUGUCAGUGCCUUUUACAAGUCAUUAUUACCAUUUCCUUGCAUCCUUCCAAGCAGAUCAUUCAUGUUAACCUUACAGGCAUUUGUAAUUGUUAAGUUUAAGGACAAAUUGUAGGUAUGCAUUGAAAGGGGGGAUGUAUGUACUGUGUGUAGUUUGAACAUUGACUGCAUUUAUAGAACUCAUGUGUCCUACAUCAUAAUUUAUUUUUAUUUUAUUACAAAUGAGGCUUUUUUUCAUUUUAAAGCAGCAAAUUGAAAUGAGGUGUAAUGUACAUCUGUAUUUAUGACAAUAUAAGUGGUUUUGAAGGACAGUAUUUGUUGCAAAGAAAAAUCUUGACAGAUAGGGUUUUUUCCCUCCUGCUGUGUACCAACACAGGAAUAGAAGGGGAAUAAAAACAAAACCAAAUAACAAAAAUAAGAAAAAAUAAUAAUGAUAUGUUGCUCUCUCCCACACCUUCCAAGUUAUUUACAACCAAUCACAACGCUGAUGAAGUGAAAAGCAUUUGCAUUCUUUUCUCUACUGUUAAAUUAAUUGCUUUGUUUCUAAUGAUGAGGGUUCGACUCCCUCAGAAAUAGGCUAGGUUAAUGACAAGCUUAGCUGAAUAUGACUUCUAGUCCUACUAACACCAAAUAUAUGUUUAAUAAUAAAAUGGAA